AUGAGAUUGCGGGUCUCACACAUGUCGUUGGCAGUGCCGGUGUGUGAGACACUUUCUAUACGUGUCGUUGGCAGUGCCGGCGUAUGGGAAGAGUAUGUAUAUUGCUUGAGUAUCAUCACACACGUCGUUGGCAGUGCCGGUGGGGUGAUGAUACUGUCUGCGCGCGUAGGACUUGAUAUGAGAUUUGUGAGCUACACGUGUCGUUGGCAGUGCCGGCGUGUGAGCUAUGGAGUUCUGUCCCCCGGUUGGACUACUCAUCCCUGGACGCGGGUUCUGGUUCGAAAAUCCUGCGUACCAGCCAACAAUCCCCCGGUUGGAUUGUCUUCCCCGGUACAUUAG